UAAAGUGUUGCUUAUUUUUCCUCAUAACGAUGAGUAGUUUAAAGUUUACUAGAGGAUCUUUAAAGCUCUUAUUUUAGGAAAUGAUCACAUUGCCUUUUUGUUGUGUUUUCUUAAGGUGCUGUGUCCUGAUGGCUGUGGUUAUUAUUUUCCUUCCGAUUUGUACAAUUGUCACCCGAUGUCUGUCACCGCAGCUGAAAUUCUGGAAAAUCUACUUGGAAAAGGAGCAGCAGAUCCUUAAAAGUCAAGCCACAGAGCACGCAACUGAAUUGGCAAAUGAGAAUAUUAAGUAUUUCUUCGAAUGCACCCAUCCAAAGGAGUACAGCACCAGCAUUAAAGACUGGCAGCAAAUUUCGUCACUGUACACUUUCAAUUCUAAUGACCAGUACUACAGCAUUUUGCACAAGUAUGUGAAUAGAAAAGAGAAGAAUAACAGCAUCAGAUCUGUUGAAGGAGAUGCUGUGAUUCCUGUCCUUGACUUUGUAGAUUCCUCUGGAAUCAGUAGUGCUCCAGAGUUAUGACUACACAAAUAGGAAAAAAAGUUCUUUUAAAUAAUGCUUCAUUUGAAAAAAUGGGUAGUAAGACUGCUUUUCAUCUAAAUUGUGGGAUUCCAUUUGUGAAACAGAUAUAAAGCUUAACUUCUUUAUUAUAUUAUUUAACAAACAAACCCAAACAAAAAUGAUGCCUGCAAAGUGACAAACUGGACCAGAAGUCUUCUAUCCCUAUUAUGGCAUCCUUCUCAAAUAACAAAGCUUCAGUCUUUAUAAUGCUACUUUCAAAUAAAAGACUUUAAUAUCAAAACAGUAAAAGAACAAUUGAACUUUAGACCUCUCUUGGAGAAGAUCUGAUGUUAAUUUAAAGUUCACAUUCUUGGCAACCACAGUUGAUUAAGAACGUAAAAAUUACCAAUCUAGCCCACUCUGUGUCAUAAUGGAAAAUAUAUCGGACUCCCAGUCAAGUUUGCUAUAACCAUUCAAAUAUUACAUUUUAUGGGUCUAAUAUGGUUGUUAUACAAAAAUUAAUCAUGAAAAGGAAGUUACAGUUUUUUAAAUACAAAAAUUGAGAAGUAGUUUAGGAAAGUCAUAGAGAGUAACUUUUGAUUUUAGUUUGUAAGAUUGGAGGAAGCAUUUUAAUGCCGUGGUAAAUUUAAAAUAUUCUGAAAGAAUAGUAUUGUGGACCCCCCUCAUUCAAUCCAGAUGCAGCUUCAAUAGAGUAUAGAAGUCAUGCGAAACUGAAAUGUGUGGAGUCGGAAGCAGAACAAGGCUCUGAAAUGAGAAUAAUCUUAGCAAGACUGGCCAUUAGAGGGUGCUGGAUAGAGGGCAGGAUAGCUAAUACAGUGCCUUAAAACCACGUGGAGAGCUUUGUUUUCAUCCUGUAGAUUUUGAGGGAUCCUUUUUUUUUUUUAAGGAUAAAUGGAAUGGCAGGAAACAGCCAAAGUGGAGCUAGUGAGACUAAGUGGGAGGCCACCAUAAUGUUAAUAGGUGGGAGCAAACUUGACUUGGGUUGGCGAUGAUCUCAUGGGAAAGUGAAUUCUGUACACGGACAUGACAGGAUUUUCAGGUGGAAAGGGUGUGAGGAAUCAGGGCAGUGCUGCCUAUAGAUAGAAUUCUGUCACCUGAUAGUGCCAGGGCUUUUCGGGAGCACUUGUCUUCUUUUGGCUUGUCAUUCCUGCCCAUUCCUCAGAGUAAGAUUGCUUUCUGCACUUUUAAAAAUGAGACACCUAAGCUUGAAACUGUAACACAACUGAGCACAGAUCCUGUUUAACUUUCUUCCUCUCUUGGCAGACAUAUGUGCCUGCUUCUCUUCCCCUUUUUUGCAUGGGGCCAUUAAAAGGAACUCGUUGGCAGGGCUGAAUAUCCUGUUGUUGAGAGUUAUAUUUAACAAGAAAAAUGGCAGAAGAAACUGCACAAUCAGUUUUUUCCAUUCCCUAAAAGAAUUGUUUUGAAAAAUCACAUCCUGUCUAUUGUCACUUGUGCCUUUUUAAUUUCAACUUCCAGUAUUUUUGUAUAUGGUUGGCUUUCAGAGUCUUUUUUCUGACCUACUAGUAAUACAUACAUCAUCAUAGUA